AUGGAUGUCGAUAUUGCAUUGGCACUAUGGACAUUGCUAUUAGGUGACAAAUACAAGCAUAUUCCAACCUUUAUAGAAUUCAUGAACAUUUCCAAGCCUGUUAAAGUCAUUAAUAAAGAUCAAUGGUCUAGUUUACUGGAUUUUAUCCGUACAGUACCAUAUGAUCUUCAAGAUUAUGAUAGUACUUCUUCAUGGCCUGUGUUAUUCGAUGAUUAUGCAAAUUGGCGCGUACAAAAUAUGAAACAAUAGAUAUUCCCUUACCUCUUUCUCCCUCUCUUUCUUUCCCUUAAGUACACAUUCUUAUUUAGCUUUCAUUAUAUAUAUAUAUUGUAAAUUCAUUUCUUCUUGUACAUUUUUACCCUUUUUCCCUUUUACGUCUGCUAUUGUAACUCCGUCAUUGAUUUUUUUUAUGUCUUAAAAAGAAAAAAAAAGCAAUAAAAAUGGAUCUUUCUUCUUCCUUGAA